CCCUGGCAAGCUCACGUAUAUUCACCUUUUUCUCUUUCGCCCAUGCGACGUCAUCGUUCACACCCCAGGGACCUCUUUCAUCCUUCUAAUAAGGGUCAGGAGGAAAGAUGCGCAAAGAGCGGAGGGCGGGUGGGGAGGAUUACUGACACCGAGGGAUACACCUGUUUGACUGUAUCCAUCUGGGGGAGGUACCCCAGAUAUGCUGCACUCACAAACCUUAUUAUAACCCAAAAUAAGACAACUGAAUUUUCACAGUAUCGGAACAGCGGUCUACUGGCUGAAAAGCCUUCCGUAAUGCGACUGGGGGAGGCGAAAGGAGUUGCGGGAAUUCCGGUCAUCGCCCUGCAGGCUCAUGGGAAAUGUAGUCCAGUUUUAUCCAACAUGGCUGCGCCCAGUAUUGCCAUGGACAGCAACCAUCAGAGUAAUUACAAACUCAGUAAAAGUGAGAAGAAGUUCUUAAGAAAGCAGAUUAAAGCCAGGCAUACGUUGCUGAGACAUGAAGGCAUUGAGACAGUAUCCUGUGCCACUGAGAGCCUGGUUGUUGCCAAUGGUGGUCUGGGUAACGGUGUGAGCAGGACCCGGCUGCUCCUGGUCUUAGAGGCGUGCGGAGCGGUGGACGCUCUCCUGAUGCCGCCUACGAAGCCCUACUCAUUUGUAAGAUACAAAACUACAGAAGAAUCUGAGAAAGCCUGUGUUACCCUCAAUGGAAAAGAAAUAAUGAAUGAUUUAGGACAAAAGAUCAUUCUGUACUUGAAUUUUGUGGAAAAAGUACAGUGGAAAGAGUUGGGUCAUCAAGCCUUACCUCCAGGCCUCAUGGUAGUAGAAGAAAUUGUUUCUUCUGAUGAUGAAAAAAUGCUUUUGGAAAGCAUUAACUGGUCAGAAGAUACAGACUAUCAAAAUGUUCAAAAGUCCUUAAAACACAGAAGAGUAAAGCAUUUUGGUUAUGAAUUCCACUAUGAGAACAACAAUGUAGAUAAAGAUAAGCCAUUACCUGGGGGUCUUCCUGACAUUUGGGAUAGCAUUUUGGAAAAGUGGUUGAAUGAAGGUUUCAUUAAACAUAAACCUGAUCAGUUGACCAUCAACCAGUAUGAGCCUGGGCAUGGAAUUCCUGCUCACGUUGACACACAUUCUGCUUUUGAGGAUGAAAUCAUUUCUCUCAGUCUGGGGUCAGAGAUUGUCAUGGAUUUUAAGCACCCAGAUGGUGUCACAGUGCCAGUUAUGUUGCCUCGUCGGAGUUUGAUGGUGAUGACAGGAGAAUCUAGAUACCUUUGGACCCAUGGAAUCACACCCAGGAAAUUUGAUACUGUUCAGGCAUCCAGGGGGCACAAAAGUGGAAUUAUCACCAGUGAUGCUGGAGACUUAACUUUAAGCAGGAGGGGAGUACGGACGUCAUUUACGUUUAGGAAAGUAAGGCAAACACCUUGUAACUGUGGUUACUCUUUGGUCUGUGGCAGCCAGAUGAAAGAAACUCCCCCAUCAUUUCCAGAGAGUGAUAAAGAAGCCUCACAACUGGAGCAAGAAUAUGUCCAUCGAGUUUAUGAGGAGAUUGCUGGACACUUCAGCAGCACGAGACAUACCCCUUGGCCACAUGUUGUGGAGUUUUUGAAAGCCUUGCCGAGUGGUUCCCUAGUGGCUGAUAUUGGUUGUGGAAAUGGAAAGUAUCUUGGAAUCAGUGAGGAACUGUGUAUGAUUGGUUGUGAUCGUAGCCAAAAGCUUGUGGAGAUUUGUAGGGAGAGGCAGUUCCAGGCCUUUGUCUGCGAUGCGCUGGCAGUACCGAUCCGCAGUGGGUCUUGUGAUGCCUGCAUCUCCAUUGCUGUUAUUCACCAUUUUGCAACAGCAGAGCGUAGAGUGACAGCUCUCCAAGAACUUGUUCGACUCCUGAGACCUGGUGGGAAGGCACUCAUUUAUGUCUGGGCAAUGGAACAAGAAUAUGAUAAGAAAAAGUCUAAGUAUCUUAGAGAAAACAGAAUUAGCCAAGAAAAGAAAAAAGCAAUCAACAGUGGUACAUCAGUGCAAGAGUUGCUUGUAGAGCAAAUGCCUAAUGUGGACAGUCAAGAUCCAGCAUGUUCUGUCCCCUCCAUUACUGACUUUCAGGAGGGAGCAUGUAAUUCAAGGAAAGUUACUAAUUCCAAGCUGCCUAUUCACACUAACAGGACUUCUUUUCAUUCCCAAGACUUACUGGUUCCCUGGCACCUUAAGGGAAACCCUGGUAAAGAUAAACGUCUUGAGCCCUCUGGUCCGGGGGCAGCUCGUGACCCGAGCGCUGUGUUUCAUCGUUACUACCACGUGUUCAGUGGGGGGGAAUUGGAAGCUGCCUGCCGGGCUUUGACUGACGUGAGCGUGCUGCAGAGCUGCUAUGAUCAGGGGAACUGGUGUGUGAUGCUUCAAAAGGUCUGAGUAUCUCUAUGAACAUGUAUACAGGGAAGAAAUGAUCCGCUUUUUUUUUUUUUAAACAAAGGAAACUGUUUUUUAGUUAAAGAGAAAACUUGUGGAAAAGUACCAAAGGAGAGUGCCCAAGAGAAAUUUGGAAGUAGAGACCAGUUAAGAAACAUUUAGUAUAUACUCUGGCUGACCGUAUUAUGGCCCUAAAUGUGGGCUUCGCUUAUAGGGAGGAGCAGGUGUGUUUUUUUUAAAGUGAUUCAAGUAAUUUGUGAAGUAUCUGGAAUCCACAUGUACAGAGUUGUACUGAUAAACUUUUGUUAUAAAAUGUUACUAAAUGAACUAAAUCUUCGUAAAAUAAUCAUACAUUUUAAUAAAGAAAAUAUUCCUAUUCAGUGGAAAAUUAUCUAAAGUUUUACCUGUGAUCGUUAGCUCUAUAAAAUCAUAGAUGAUAACUGCUCUAUCACCAAACUUUACCAGCACAGGGCUUGACAUGUAGUAGGUGCUCAAUAAAAUCUUAGUCGGUCAGAUACACCCAUAUGUUACUAGGAGCUUCAUCCAGCACUUAUUGAACCCCUACUAUGUACCAGUUACUAUGUAAGUACUGAGGGGAAAGCAGUGGCCAAGGAAGAAGAAAAAUUUGUUUACAUUCUAGAAGAGAAGAGACAAUGAGUAAAUAAAUAGUUACUCCAUACCAUGGGAUAAAUGCUAAGGGAAAAUAAAAUAAAGCAGGAAGGAGAUUUCAGUUGGGAGAAAAAGAUGAUUUUUUAAAGGGCCAAAAUAACUAUUAAUUCUCGCUGUAGUUUAUUACCACAAGUUAAUUGGUAUUCCCAAUGCAUUGAUCCAGGUGCUAAAGGCAACCCAAAUAUGUUCUUUUAACUCCUUUAUUUAAAUAGCAAAAGUUAGAAUCGUCAGUCAGACCUAAUUAUGCCCUUAGAGCCAAAGCUCUGGUGUCGUUGGGUGUUUCUAGUUAAUUCAUAGUUUGCUCCAGUCCAGGUACAAUCAAGGAGUAUUUUUUAUCUACAAAUAUUUCAUAGAUACCCAGUUAACUUACCAAUUAGGUCAAGUUUCCAGGAGGAACAAAGGUUGGAAGUUAAUCAUAGGUUAAAUUAUCACACAGAAGGGAAAGUUAUUUAUUUUUUUAAAUACUUUAUUUCCAGUGUUCAUUGCUUUGUAGUAGUAAUGCUUAGGACCACUUAAAGAAAAACUGUUUUUUGUGAAUGAUGGCUGCCUGGACUAUUAUAUAUUUUAGUGAUGCUUAUCUUCAAACAUCAAGUUUUCAGAAAGCUGUAGUGGUCAAUAAUAGGUCUUAGAUGAGAUAUGAUUAUUUUUAACAUGGAAUUUCAGUACAAGAUUAUACUUGUUCCCUCCAGAUGAAUGCAUAAGGUUCAUGAUAUAGGAAAAAAGAAUACAGGGCUAAAAAUGGUUUUAUUUCAGAUAUAAAUUCUGGGAUAUUAUAUCACAGUUUUGAAGUUCAACUCAUGCUAAUAAGUUUUACAAUGUAGAUGAAAUAGGUGAUUUUUUAGGAAGCUGCAAAUAUUAAAAUUAACUCAAGAAGAAAUAGAAUAUGGAAGAUACUGAAAAGUAGCACAAGAAUUCAGAACUGGGCACUUGAACCAGAUUUUCUUAAGUUGAAUUCUAAAUCUGCCACUUUAAACUGUGGGACUCUGGACAACUUUCUUAACUUCGAUUUUUCAAUUUUCUUAACCAUAAAGUAAGAAGAGAUAUAAAGAAUUGAUUGAAGUAAUAUUUGUAGAGCUCUUAAAGUAGUAUAAGAACAUAGUAUGCAUUUGGGAAAUGUUUAUUAUUAUUACUCCCAAAGAAGGCACAUAGGAGUUUUAGGUGUUGGGAGAUGUCAAGUCUAAUUUGUUAACUAUGUAAUAAAAACUAUGUUCUCACUGGG